AUUUUAUUGACGUGACAAAUUCCGUUUCGAUGCAAGUGUCACUUUUAAUAAUGAACAUUCAUCCAUCCGCUCUCUUAAGUCAAUAUAUUCUUAAAAAAUAAAGCAUACAUCUUCAAAUUCAAAUAUAACAACUACUACUGCGCCACCACAGCUACUCAUCAUUAUGCCAUUGUUGUUUGAUUGUUGUCAUGUCUGACCGUCCCUCAUGUCCCUGUCGUCCUACGAAUGAAUGGAUGGACGCGAAUAAAAAACCAGACCAAUAUUUAAUAUAACAGUUUGUCGAUUCAUUCUAUCCAUUCAUGUCAGUGUAAAGAUUUAUAAUAAUAAAGUGGACAAGAAGAAACCUUGCCUUGCUUUUUGCCUUGCAUGCAUGCAACUCGGCAAAUAUUCUAAAAAAUAUCGAAUCUAAGAAGUGAAGGGGUGAAUUAGUUGGUUAGAGUUUGGCCUGGUCGAGUGUAAAGUAAAGCUUUUUUUCCACGAUGCAGCAGCAACAAUGUUAUAAAGAAUUUCGCAUUUGACGACGAACUAUGUAUGCAUGCACGUCUACUUUCUUGCCAGUGAUGGGAUAACAUACAGCGUCGUGGUGUGGUGCAAAAUGCAGUAAUACAAUUAAACUCGGCAGCCAAACUAUACCACGAAGAACGAAACCAAAAAGUGGCAACGUGUAAGAUCCACUGGCUGAGCUGCUACCUGUGCAAUUGCAAUCAACAAUUGAAAUCUUGAACCAAACCUCCAUCCACCAACUGUAGCAAGCAUUUGCGACUGAAUUUUACAUUGUUAGUUUGCCAUUCUUAUUCCUCUUGGUAGGUAGUCGUCAGUCGAUCUGAUGUGCUGCGCGUGGACUGACGUCGUACUUAGGUCCUUCCUUCUCGUGGGCAUCGUGGUGCUGCAGUUUUAUUGAGAAAAAUUGCAAAACUUUUGCAAGUAUUAAGUGCGUGUGUUAAGUGCAAGGUUUAAUGCACACAUGAACUUCCGGAUUUAGGAGGGGAAGGAAAACAAAGUUUUCCCAAUAAUAAGAACACGAACGAACGGAUAUAUAAUACCCGGCUUGUCGAAUUAUUCACCAGUUCCGUGUCAGCUAUUUAAGUGUGAGCUUGGGUCGAGGAGUGUGAGUUAUCGAUUAAUCUACUUACCUGUGCGUUUUAGUUGAUCAAGUGUUUUUCAUGAAAAUCAAAUAAUAGUGAUUUCAUUUCAUGCAAUAUUACUUAUACACGCAUCGAGCUUAAUAUUUAAGGAAGCAAUCUUUGCCAUAAAAAAUUACGGGAGUUAAAAUUGCAGUUAUAUAUUUCUUAUCUUGACAUUUCUAUAAAAGAAAACGGCGCACCAAAUGAUAAUACAUUAAUAAUUUAUUUAUUCGUUUGUGUCACUUAGAGUUCAGUGUUUGUGGUUUUGUUGUUAUUCAUGGCGUGAGAUCUUGUGUGUCGGUCGGGUUGAUCUUUAUUUCUGUGCUUUUUCCAUGAAGGGAAUUGAUCAUUUGUUGUGACAGAAUAAUAAUAAUUCGAGAGAAGUAAUCAUAAUAUGAAAAUGGGGAGAAGAAGGACAUUAACGGAGCUUUAUUGUUCGAGGACAAAGGUAGGAUUCGUGGGGGUGGUGGUGGUCGUGGCGUGGUUCCUCAUUCUCGCCGUGGAUAAUGUCGCCGAGGCUCAUGUGGGAUUGACAUUUCCCCCCGCGAGGAAAUUCGAUUUGGACUUUUUGGAUAAUAUUAGAACGAAACCUCCCUGUGGAAUGCCCAAAGGUGAGAUCAAAACCUCGUUGGUGUCCGGUUCGACGAUCAAUGUGACAUGGCAUUUGUCCUAUCCGCAUCGGGGUGGAUAUCGCCUCGAACUGAUGGACAGUCAAGAACGCAUGUUACUGGACUUGACACCAAAAAACGGGAAUGAAGACUACAUCAAGGGAGACCCCACAGCUCAAGCCCACACUGUAAAACUUCCGGAUAACUUUACCUGUGAUGAUUGCACAAUCCGACUCUUGCGACAGGCGUCCGAGUGGGCAAAUCAGUACCGCUUUUGGUCCUGCUCUGACGUUGAUAUCGUUCCGGCGAAGAAAUUUAAGGAAACUUGUAGCGGAAAUGGACGAGCGGUUGUUGGUCGAUGCGUCUGCAAUAAAGGAUUUUGGGGUGCGAGAUGCCAAUAUGAGGACGAAUGCGAGACAGAAUCGGAAUGCAGUAACAAUGGAAAAUGCAUCGACCUUGGUGGCACCGCUCUGCCCAGAAAGCAAUGUUUUUGCUCGGCAGGAUUUCACGGGGAGAAAUGUCGUAAGAGAAAUGCAGCCAAACUGCCAACUUCCGGUCAACCUUUGGACUUGACGAGGCACACGAAACGUGUCCUUUCCGACAGGAUGACGCUGCAUUACAGGAUUCUCCCAGCCACAAAAGAUGAGAACAAAGAGAUCGAGAUGAUCUUAACCGUGAAAGGAACCUCAUACGGAGCUCUUGGCUGGAGACCGGCCGGGUUUAAGGCGACCUGCAAACGUUGGCCGUUCAUUGACAACUCGACCGCGGAGGUGGAACGAAUUGGGAAGAAUGCCAAGUUGGACACGGCUUCAUCAGGAUCGUCAGACAAGUCGGCCGUGGCUGAACCAGAAUCAACAGCCGAGGCGGAACCAGAAUCCGCCGCGGAACCGGAAACGGCAGCGAAAGAAAAGACAAAGCCAAGCAAGAACAAGAAUAAGUCUCACGAAGGAUCUGCUCAUGCAGAGCCUGAGCCCGAAUCUGCAGCUUCUGAGCCUGCUUCGGAACCUGCUUCUGAACCGGAAGUUACGUCGGAACCAGAAACUACAUCCGAACCAGAAGCAAAAACGACGCCCAAACCGAAAUCUGGGGCAGAAAAGUUAAAGUCAAAAUUGAGAAGUAAUCGAGUCCAGGAUGGAAGUGAUGUUCAUGUCGAAACGUCGCAAAUCGCAGUGACUCGAUCUAACCGGCAGAGACAGAAACGUUCUCCGGAACCAGAAGAAGCCAAAGCUGAGCCAGAACCGGAAACAGAACCCGAGCCAGAAACGAAACCGGAACCCUCGCCCGAACCGGAGGCAGAGGCCGGAGCCAGCGAACCAGAGCCUGAAGGGACUGCAAAAGCCGAACCUGAAAGCGAAGCUGAAGCAGAAGCGGAACCUGGCACCACUGGUGAUUCGACCCCCAGUGCGUCAUCUGAGAGGCAGAAAAACCUUAAGCCAUCAGUGUGGGCACCUAAAGGAGAUUUUCACGCCAUGGAUUGUAUCGACAUGGUGAUGGGUGGGGCAAGAGGUCCCUUAUCCCGUAUACGAGACUACUACACCCGCGACCGGUCCACCCCCCGCGUCGACUCCUUCUGGGGAGGAAAGGACGACAUCACCUCCGCCACUGGGUGGGAAGACAAUGGAGAAACAGUGCUCAUUUUCAGAAGAAAAUUGAAAUCCAGCGACGAAGCGGAUCACGACAUUGCCGGCGAGAUGCACGUCAUUUGGGCUCGAGGUCAAGAAAAUGGAGAAUAUGUUCACACGCCACACUCUGGACUGGAGAAAGAGACCCCGUCACGGGCCGAAUUUUAUGCCCCGGAUGAAAUCAAGUACCACGGGCAUGGGGCGCAGAGGGGGAUCACGAGGAUUGAUUUCUUGGCAGAGCAAUCGAGCGGACGCAAAAAAACGAAAAGCUACGACUGUGAGAACGGUUGGGCACAUCCUCCCGGAUGUCAGAAUUACCUCGACCCAUCUAAACCCUGCACAUACAACGCUACUUGGCGAUACAUUCCGGAAAUUGAUUCAGUAAAAUUCACCGUCGAAACGAGAAAGCCGGACAGAUGGACUGGGAUCGGAUUUAGCGAUUCGCCACAGAUGAGAAACUCUGACGCAGUGAUAGGAUGGGUGACAUCGGGAGGACAAUUUUUCCAUAUGGACACCUUCAUGGCGAGCUACACGGCACCAGUGCUGGACAAUUCUCAGGAUAUCAGCAACAUGACAGGAAAAUAUCGCGACGGGAUCAUCCACUGGUCAUUCGUCCGGAAAGUGAAGACAUCCGACCCAAAAGACGUUUCACUGGAUGAGUGUCGCUUCUUCCUCUUUCCCGUCGAAGGGGGGACCUAUAAUCACGUGAAUAAGAAGAUCCGAAAGCAUGAACAACUUCCGAUCGCUUCAUCCGAAAAGAUUUGCAUUCCUCGCGAAUGUCGCCCCGUUCGCAUAUUGAAGGACCCCGAACUUCGAUACGAGUUCGAUAUCAAGUUGACCGGCGGAUUAGGCAAUAAUUGGAGGCCGCCCCGUAAGGAAAGUGAAGAUUUUAAACAUUUAGAUAACCGAAUCGGAACAGAGUUGAGUUCCGAGUUGAAGAAUAUUAAGGGGUUCAAGAGGUUGCAGUUGACUGAGAUUAAGAGGGACGGUAAAUCUGGCGCAUUAGCCAAGUUUGAAGUCAUGGUCGUUCCCAAUUCGGAACUUGCCGAGACAUCGAGGGUCGAACGCGCCUUGAACGACACACUGUCAUCUGGACGGGUCGGAUCAUUCCAAAUUGAUCCGACAUACCUCAGAUUGAAGGCACCAAUCUUAGAACAAGACACGGACUACGACGAAGUUGACCCACAAGUUGUGACCACUUCGUUUGGAGAGAAGCGUUUCUGGAUAAUUCUUGGGAGCGUGGGCGCACUCAUUCUGCUGGCUGUGGCGCAAGGCAUCUUCACAAUUACGAAGGGGACAGGAAAAACUUCGUCGCACAAGGGCUCCAGCGGUUCUGGGAUGGCGUGGAGAGACUAUUCCGAAACGAACUAUGGCUAUGACGCUUACGACGAGAAGAUGCAAGGUCCCAACGCCAUGCAGCUGACUCAAACUCCGCCCCAUUACCCGCCCGCGAAUGGUCACGGAAACGGCGGGAUGGCGUCGUCUCACUCGAACGGGGGAGGAAAUGGUUACGGACAUCACGCCGCCGCCCCGCCCAGCAUGUCGCUCCCCCGACCGCACCACGGUCAACCACAAUCUCAACCUUCCACCCAAUCCAUGAUGCGACAAAGUAAUGGAAAUGGUGGCCCUUCGGGGGGAAGCAAUGGGUUAAAUCACAAUCCAGACUUUUACUUUAUGCCAUCACAAAGAAAAUACUCGGGGGAAAUGGUCCGCGUUUUUGUAGACCACUCGAAAAGGUGAUGAUGAAGUAGUUGUUUAACCAUUUUUUGUUCAUUAUUUUCAAAAUGUCAAGACUUUUCUACUUAAUUUGCAUCCAUUCGCUGCGUCGGAGUAACAGAGAUAGUCAGAUAAUUAGCGGAGGUAGAAAUAUUUAGUUAUGUAUAAAUGUUUUCAUGCAAUAGUAGGCGAUAUAUACUUAUGUAUAAAAUACUUAUAUAAAACUGUCCAUAAUAAAAUAUUUGAUAAUAAUUAAAUGUCGAUAAUUUAACGUAAUUAAGUUUUGUGUGAUGUGAUGGAUGAUUUAUCAUUGUCAUGCAUAAUGUUUAAAUCGAAUAUAAUUAGUUUCAAUGGGGUGACUGGGAUAGUUUGGUUUGACUUUGCUUAAUAGAAAUAGCGUAGCGUGUCAAUGCAAGAAAACAACGAAAAUGGUAGAUAAUUAAUUGUUAAGUUUUAAUUAGUAAAAUCUUGUAAUCAAUAAUCAUAAGAGUUAACCUGAAAUAUUAAGGUUUGUAUUCUGUAUUUGUUGGGGACGUUUAUGAUGCAAUACUAAAUUUUAUGUAUAAGCGUCGUCACUCAACCAUACAAAUUAAGAACUUAUUAGAUGAACAAAAUUCUAGGAAAAGUAGUACGCAAUUUAUAUAAAACAAAUAAACAAAAUAAAUCGCUAAAUAAGAAAUUUUUGAUAAUAUAAAA